ACACCUUCCAGAUGUAGCCAAUCAGUUAAAAAACACUAAGCUGCAAGCAACCGGCUGUUCACCCGUUACACAAGUAUUGAACAUGUAUCGAUAAUAGUGCAAGUGUUUCCUGCUUGAACAUGCGUGACUUUGAAAGUCACCGGAAUAUGAAGCUACGUUUGAAUUCCGCAAGGUCCUAGUGCUCAUGCCGGGUUUAUUGCGCUUUCGAAUUUUUUACGCUAUCCCUGCUAAUCUUCUGAGAUGCAUACACGAGGUUAAUAGUCAGCUGACUAAACAUAGUUAGCAACACCGGUCUUUUAUGGCAAUUAAUUUUCCUUGCAAUAUUGAUGACUAAAGUUAAUUUAAGGAAUUGUUGAUUUUUCAGAACCUGGCGCACUAGGACCCAGAAAGCAUUUUUUUCCUUGGAGAGGGGUCGUUCCAACUCGCAAGGUAUACUGGGUAGGGUAGCCAGUUCGGAAAAUAUGGCGACUUCUACUCUGAGGCUGUUGUCCUUUGGAAAAAAUGCAAAGGUUCUGCUGGCGCCGUUGAGGGUGUCAGCGGUCCCUGCCUAUAGGUAUGGUGCUCUAGUUUCUAGUUCGGGUGAGAAAAUUACUCACACGGGACAGGUCUAUGAUGAACAAGAUGUGAGAAAAGCCAGAUUCGUAAACCGACAGAAAGAGGUGAAUGAGAACUUUGCCAUUAAGCUGGUGGCAGAGGAGCCAGUGACCGAUGUGGAGGCCAGGGUGGUGUCCUGUGAUGGAGGUGGUGGAGCUCUCGGACACCCCAAAGUCUACAUCAACCUGGAUAAAGAGACACAAGCGGGCACAUGUGGCUAUUGUGGGCUACGUUUCCAGCAGAAGCAUCACCACUGAAGCGCUGCUCAUCUUCUACCUUUCUGUAAUCAGUUUUUCUGGCCAAUAAAUUAUUUUUUUCCCCUCUUCAA